CCAGAGUUUAGGGCUUCUCGCAGCUAUGGUGGCCGGCGUGAAGCGCUCAUGGAUUUCCGACAAGGAGAUGGACGAAUUCGAUCAUAUCACCGGAGAUCAAAUCCGCGGCAUGACGGAUCUCCGGAAGCUCAAGAAACUCGAGAGAUACAUGCGGGAAGAGGGAUUUCCCCAAACUGCCGAGGCUGCUUACGAAACUAUUAUCAAACUAGGGGGCCGGGUUUUUCGUCCCGGAGAGCGCGAAACUCGAGUUGACGAGUACGACGAAGACUUCGAUGGUUUUCUUAAGACCUUCGACUCGUGGAAGGUGAAUUCGUGCGUCCAAAAAUCUGCUGGGGACUUCUCAAGCUCUUAUUUCUUCACUCUUCUCACCACCAGGACGCGAUCAAAGGUGCCGAUGACAAGCUUCGCCAGCUUCAGAGAGUGAA